AAUUCCGGCGCAACAGAACGACGCCUCGAUCACCUCGUCUCGCAGCAGUCAUUUUUCAAGUCGGACUGCGACUACAACGACAAGAUGACUAAUUUGAGUGCGAUUGCCCUCGACCCGGAAAUAAGUAGUUUCUUGUUGUCGAGCGGUCGUCGGAAAAAGCCGAGUUGUCGGCACCAACCCUCAACGUCCACUGAGAAACGUCCGUUCCUCAAGUCAAGCGGCGCCGCGCGAGGCACAAACUCACGUGGAGCCCACGUGCGUUGUGCCACGGGUCAUCGGCGGUCAUCGGCGGUCAUCGGCGGCGAACCGAGCGCAGUGGCGCGGACGCAGAAUGCUGAAAUUCCACUUCUUUCGACCAGCAGUGUGAAAGAAUCCGAUUUCAUCCGGUGGUGGCUGUGUGGCGGACGUUUUUCGGUGGCGGACAGCGAUCAUCGCUGA